AGAUCGUCUCAGCAGACCUGCUUCGCACUGCUAGAGUACUUAUGAAGGGCGAGGUUUAUUACUAACUGUGAAGAUUAUUGGGAAGCUUUUAACUACUAUCCUGUUGCCAAUAAUUUCUGCCCACCUAAGGUACGCCUUCUAAAAUGCACGCGGGAUUCAUAUCUUCGGCGGAAACUGCCAGUAUCCUAAAGUGAACUUGGACCUUCCAAAAGCCUUCACCUACGUACCUAGGUAUGUUUACCUACUAUGUUCUUAGUAGUUAACAAUUAUAUUUUCUUGGACAUCAUUCUCGAAACCUUUCAACUAUCAUCGUCAACGAGUCUUGAUUUUCAAGGAAUACCGAUAUCAAUUCAAUAACAAAUAUUCAAUCAUCAGUUAGCUAUCGAGACAGCAAACAAAUUCAAAGUAUCUCGAUCAAUAUCGACCAGUAUGGAUUUGUUACAUCACCGCGUUACACUUACCCCAACGCUCAUGGUCCUGCCGACGCCAGUGAUGAAGCUCGAGGAUAAGGCCCUCCGACGCUGUGAAGAUGCGAUGGAUGAGGUGUAUAAAUUCAGGGCACACCCGACAACAGAAGCGAUUGAUUUGGACAUAUGGAAACCGCCAACUCUACCAGAUGAUCCCUUCAUUUGGGGGCGUCAUCUUUUCAUCGAUGGAUUUGCAGUAGUCAACUUUCUGACGAUGUACCAAAAGACCGGCGAGCUCCAUUAUGGCCAGAUUGCUGCCAAGUUGGCGUUCGUUGUGUGUGAAACCCUGGGCGAUCUUACCGGGGCGACCGACGACCAACCUUUGGGGCAAGGUCUCAGAAGUGGCGAUACAGCUCGGUCGCCGUGGAGGGGGACUAUUUGGCCACAUGUGAUGUGGGCGUUCGCUUUGACUCGCCUAGGUGCUGUGAUGGGGCAACCGAGGUUCCUCAAAUUGGCUGCGCAUACGAUUCGGAGCGUGCAUCCUCGUAUCGAAGACGGUAAUCACGAUGUCCCAGUCGCUCAGAAUGAGUCCCCGUAUGGUGUAUUCAAAGACGGCUACAUCGGUGCCAUGGGUACAAGCUUUUUGGCCUUGGCUUCCAGGAUCUUAGUUAAGACGGCACACUCAUUAGGCUAUGUCGAUCCCUCCUUCGUCUGGGACGUGACCCUGCGUUUGUCUUUGAUGCGCGACGACCACCAGCUUAUAGGUCUUGACGACCCUCAAGUUGCUAGUUACGCCUUAAUCCUAUGUCAAGUCGACCCCGAAUCCCAGGCGGAAACGGCUUUGACUCAAAAAGCACUCGAGAAGCUCGACGACAAUGUGCUCCGAGGACAAAGAGGCCCGAUAUCGUUGGAUACCAGUAUCCAUGAUCCGUGUUCGAUCUUCGCUCUUAGUCUUGGACUUAAAUGUAACAAGAAUUCUAUAUGGACCGCUUUGAUAGCUGAUCACUUGAUCAAAUUCUGGGAGGAGAGACCUGCCUUGUGGAAAGUAGGAGUAUCUCAAUCUGUUGCGGCGCUCGUAAUGUAUGCGGCAGCAGUGGCUCCCGGAGCUUUCAUAAUAAAUUUGUAACCACAAGUUAGUAUCUAUU